UGUCGACCGCUGUCCCACAUUGAUUGCGUGCUAAGCUAGUGUUAAGCUAGUAGCCGCAUAAAUCAAGAGGAGCCGCUCUCAGAAAUCCGCUUUAAACGUUCGGGAAGUUCUGUUCGGGUGGAAUGUUCGGAACCAGCGGGUCUGUGUCGUUCUUACUGCGGCGGUGUGUCGCGGCCAGGCGGCUACCUCUGCUAGCGGCAGCGGCCAGAAGCCGCAGCGGUGUUCCGUCCGUCUGUUGGAGCUCCACUCAUCCGCGGACAUGGACCUCACACACCCCAACAGACCACCUGAGGACGGCCUGGCACCUCCAGCCCGCCUCCCGAUGCAUCCAGCACGGCUUCUGCACCAAUGCCCAAUCUCCAUGGGAAGAGAUGUACCCCCUGCCGACCUACCAGCCUGAGUCAGGACCAGGAAACAAGGAGGUCUACCUGGUGCAGGUCAAAGGUCUGCCCUGGUCCACCACGGAGCAGGACCUGGUGAACUUCUUCUCAGACUGCCGGAUCCGAGACGGGGAGAAGGGGGUCCACCUGACCCUGGACUACAUGGGGAGGCCGUCGGGUAUAGCCUUCCUGGAGCUGGAGCACGAGGAGGACAUGAUAAAAGCUCUGGACAAGCACCGGAUGUACCUGGGCCCGCGCUACAUUCAGGUGUUCGAGGUGACGGAGCGCGAGGCUGAAGAAUUCAUGAAGCAGUCCGGCCGUUCUGGAGGAGAGGACGGAGUGGUCCAUCUCCGAGGACUGCCCUACUCCUGCACAGAGGCCGACAUCCGGGACUUCUUCUCAGGUUUGGACAUCAAGGUGGACGGGAUCACCAUGACCACAAACUCCACGGGGAGGUUCUGUGGAACGGCCUACGUUGAGUUCUCCUCUCAGGAAGACGCUGACAAAGCUCUGCUGAGGCACCGGGAUCUGAUGGGUCACAGGUACAUCCAGGUGUUCCCCAGCAGCAAGAGCUCCAUCCGGUCCAGUGACUGGGACACACAGUACAAUUUAAGCCCUCCUCGGGAGACGGGCUACAGAGCAGGUUCUGACCCUCAGACCGAGUCCAGACAUGGUGAGAGAAGUCCUCAGGAGACGGGCUACAGAGCAGGNGCUCUAUUGUUUGACCCUCAGACCGAGUCCAGACAUGGUGAGAGAAGUCCUCAGGAGAUGGGCUACAGAGCAGGUUCUGACCCUCAGACCGAGUCCAGACAUGGUGAGAGAAGUCCUCAGGAGAUGGGCUACAGAGCAGGUUCUGACCCUCAGACCGAGUCCAGACGUGCGUCAGCUGCUCCUCAGAGCCGCCACAUCCCUGUUCCUUACAUCCACGUGAGGGGGCUGCCCUACGGGGUGUCUGUGGAUGACAUCAUCCAGUUCUUCGCUCCGUACAUCGUGUCUAAGAUUACGAUCGGGUGUGGCCUCAACGGACGGCCGAACGGAAAGGCCGACAUUUACUUCAGAGACCACCGAGACGCCGUCAGCGCCUUGUCCAAGGACCGCAUGUACAUAGGUAGGACCAGCAGAGACCAGCUGCACAUAGGUAGGACCAACAGGACUUAGGUAGGACCAGCAGAGACCAGCAGGACAUAGGUAGGACCAGCAGGGACCAGCAGGACUUAGGUAGGACCAGCAGAGACCAGAUGGACAUAGGUAGGACCAGCAGGGACCAGCUGCACAUAGGUAGGACCAGCAGAGACCAGAUGGACAUAGGUAGGACCAGCAGGGACCAGAUGGACAUAGGUAGGACCAGCAGAGACCAGAUGGACAUAGGUAGGACCAGCAGGGACC